CAGCUCGUGCUCAGUGUCCUUCUCUGCAAACACAAGAUGCCUUUAAAAACGCUUCCUCCAACCGGCACGGAAACAGCAGAUGCCCUUAUUCAGCUCCUCAAUGGGCGCGGGACGGGUGACUACAUUGGCGAACACAUCUCCCAGUUAGAGCACUCACUACAAUGCGCCCACUCGGCCAAGAGAUCGGGAAGUGAUGAUGAGCUCAUCUUAGCUGCGCUUCUUCACGACAUUGGGCAAUUUUUACCUAUUGAAGAAGCUAGAGAUGUUCAGAUGUUGAUGGAAGGUGAAGGGUCGGUUGGAAGAGUGGGACAUGAGAUGAUUGGUGAGGAGUAUUUGAAGAAUUUGGGGUUUGGAGAGAAAGUUUGGAAGCUGGUGGGAAGUCAUGUUGCAGCGAAAAGAUAUCUGACUGCAAUUGAUACUUCGUAUUAUGAUGGGUUAUCGGAAGCUUCUAAACAGAGUUUGAAGUUCCAAGGUGGGCCUUUUCAAGGCGAGGAAUUGGAGCAGUUCAUGAGGCAUCCUUUGAGCGAGGAUAUGGUUAAGUUGAGGAAGUGGGACGACAGAGCAAAAGUUGUGGGGAUAGAGGGGAGUACUCCAAGGGUCGAGGUCUAUAGAGAUAUGAUGGUGAAACAUCUGGAAAAGGAGUGA